AGCUUUACAUCCAUUUAGGAAGAGGGAGGUUCAGAUUAGCCGAGCAGGUUUAGAUCAGCUAGAAAUCUUUAUCGUGUAAAAAUGGCGUCGGUCAACCCGUUUAAUCUCAGCGAUUCCGAGGAAGAGGCUGAGCGGCGCCCCAAUGAGACAGUUGACACAGGGAGGAGCCCGAGCGAGGGGGCGCCGGGGCCGCCGCCGGGCAACCCGUUCUCCCCGCCUGCGGACGCUGAGCCUCCGACGCUGCUGCUGUCUAGCAACCGAACGAGCCCCAGCGGCGAGGGCAUCUCGUUUUCGGCCGCGGCGACCUCCGCCAUGGCAGGCGGCGCCGAGACGCGGGUGUCGGUGGAUGUCGUCGCUGCUCAGCUCCUGCGGGACCAGUACAUUCUCACGGCCCUGGAGUUCCACACGGAGCUGCUGGAAGCGGGCAGGGAGCUCCCGAGGCUGCGCGAUUAUUUCUCCAACCCGGGCAACUUCGAGCGACAGAGCGGCACUCCGCCGGCCAAAGACCAGGUCCUCGGACCCGGGGGACCGCUGAAUCGAGCGGGGAGCAUCAGCACCUUGGACUCCUUGGACUUUGCCCGCUACUCAGACGAUGGCAACCGCGAGUCGGACGAGCGGUUGGCAGUGCUGGAGUUUGAGCUACGGAAAGCAAAGGAGACCAUUCAGGCUCUGCGCGCCAACUUGACUCAGGCAGCAGAGAGCGAAGUGCCCUCGCAGGAGAGAAAAAACUUCAAGUCAAGUCCUGAAAUUCAGGAGCCUAUACGUCCACUGGAGAAAAGAGCCUUAAACUUCCUUGUGAAUGAAUUUUUAUUGAAAAACGAAUACAAACUCUCAUCCAUCACCUUCUCGGAUGAAAACGAUGAUCAGGACUUUGAGUUGUGGGAUGACGUUGGCCUCAACAUCCCCAAACCGCCUGACCUGUUACAGCUCUACAGGAAGUGCGGCGCCCCCCUCUCCUCACCCCGGAGCACGGUUGAUGCGUCGGUAGGGGUGGAUUUUGGGGAACUGUCAGGAAAUUCCAUCACACAAGAUCCCACAAAGAAUCUCUCACAACAGCAACAGACAGAAGUCGUGCAAGAGCUGGAGUACCAGAUCAGCCUCCUCAACAGUGAGAAGCAGAGCCUAGCUGAGCAAAUAAAGAAACUGCAGAGUGAGAUUCAGACACUAAAGAGGACCGUCUCCUCCCCACCUCCUACCACGCUGGACCUGGGCUCCCAGAAUACAUCCAGCCCCUCCUCCUCGUCCACCACCGCCACCACCACCACCACUUCCUCCACUGACCCUCUUUCCCUGCCUCCUACAGAUAAUGGCCAGUACCUCGACAUUCGGGGGGUUUCAGAGCCGGAAAGUGACCCGAAACCCUCCUCUACUCAGAACGCAUCAAAGUCCCAACCACAGUCCCACAACCAGCUCAAGAGUAGGCCUCCUGUCCAGUUUGAUAAACCGAACAGGAAGUUAUCCCCAGCCUUCCAGCAAGCCCUGCUGUCCUUCUGCAGAAUGUGCUCUGACAGCCGCCUGGGAGCAGAGGUGUCCCGUAUAGCAGACAGCGAGGAGAGUGUGAUGUUAAUGUUGGGCCGCUGUCUCCCUCACAUCGUCCCCAAUGUCCUUCUUGCUAAACGAGAGGAGUUGAUUCCACUCAUCUUGUGUACUGCCUGCCUUCACCCAGAGCCUAAAGAGAGAGACCAGCUACUCCACAUCCUCUUUAACCUUAUCAAGAGACCAGAUGAUGAACAGAGACAAAUGAUCUUGACUGGAUGUGUCGCAUUUGCGAAGCACGUGGGUCCAACCCGCGUUGAGGCUGAACUACUUCCUCAGUGCUGGGAACAGAUCAACCACAAAUAUCCAGAGAGGAGAUUGUUGGUGGCCGAGUCCUGUGGCGCCUUAGCACCAUACCUGCCUAAGGAGAUCCGCAGCUCCCUGGUGCUGUCCAUGUUGCAGCAGAUGCUUACUGAGGAUAAGGCUGACAUGGUCAGAGAAGCUGUGGUCAAGAGUCUUAGUAUUAUCAUGGGUUACAUAGAUGACCCUGACAAGUAUCCCCAGGGUUUUGAGCUGAUGCUGCUGUCCCUUGGCGACCCAUCAGAGCGGGUGGUCAGUGCCGUCCACCAGGUCUUCAUUCCUGCCUUUGCUGCCUGGACCACGGAGUUGGGCACCCUGCACACUGCACUCAUCCCUUCACUGUUGGCACGUAUAGAGAAACUGCUUUUGCAAGGCGAACACGGUCUGGAUGAACACAAGUUACACGUGUUCCUGUCGGCCCUGCAGUCUCUCAUCCCUCCUCUGUUUGCCGUGGUGCUGCAGAACGCGCCCUUCACCAGCAGAGCCAAACUCCACGGAGACAUACCUGCAAUAGAGGUGACACGAUUCCCCAGGCCAGCUUCUCCCCUCCAGGACGUAGCUACCAUCAUUGGCAGCAGGGAGAUGCUGAGCGCCCUCCUGCUACUCUAUGACCACCAGCUUGAGCACGAAGGAACCACCGGCUGGGAUAGCCUGCUAUGGGUGGUCAAUCAACUCCUUCCUCUGCUCAUAGAGAUUGUGGGUCGGAUCAAUGUGACGUCAACGACUUGCGUCCACGAGUUCUCUCGCUUCUUCUGGAGGUUCUGUCGCACCUUUGGCAAGAUCUUCACCAACACUAAGGUUAAGCCGCAGUUCCAGGAGAUUCUCCGACUAUCCGAAGAAAAUGUCGAUGCUUCAGCGGGCAAUGGUAUUCUCACCAAAGCCACUGUCCCCAUCUACGCCACCGGAGUGCUGACAUGCUACAACCAGGAGGAGGAUCGCAAGUUGUUGGUGGGUUUCCUAGAGGAUGUUAUGACAACCCUGUCAUUGUCCCACGCGCCACUUGACAGCUUGAAGGCCUCCUUUGUAGAGCUUGGUGCCAACCCAGUGUACCAUGAAUUGCUGCUGACUGUUCUGUGGUAUGGGGUGGUCCAUACAUCUGCACUGGUCCGGUGCACGGCAGCACGGAUGUUUGAGUUGGUUCUCCGAGGCAUGAGUGAAGCAUUAGUAGAUCGCCGGGCGGCUCCGGCCCUUAUAACUCUGUGCAGUGGGCCUGAAUUCUCGGUGAGGAUAUCCACUAUUCCUGCCUUUGGCACCAUCAUGGAGACUGUCACACAAAAAGAGCUGCUGGAGCGCGUCAAAAUGCAGUUGGCGUCCUUCCUGGAGGACCCUCAGUACCAAGAUCAGCACUCGCUGCACAUGGAGAUCAUCAGGACGUUCGGAAGAGUCGGACCCAAUGCCGAGCCACGCUUCAGAGAUGACUUCGUGCUGCCACAUCUUCACAAGCUGGCGCUGGCUAACAACAGCCAGGCGACGGAGACCAAGAGGAUUGACAUUGCCACCCAGCUGUUCGAGGCCUACAGUGCCCUCUCCUGCUGCUUCAUUUCCGAGGAGGUCAUGACCAACCACUUCCUGCCUGGCCUCAGGUGUCUCCGCGCCGACAUGGAGCAACUCUCUCCUGAGCACGAGGUGAUCCUGAGCUCCAUGAUCAAGGAGUGUGAAAUCAAGGUGGAAAACCGAGGGAUGGCGGACGCACAAGGUUCCAUGUCCAUCGCCUCCAGUUUGGUGGGUGAGGAUGCCAAGACCAAGUUCCUAAGCAAGAUGGGUCAGCUCACCACUUCUGGGGCCAUGCUGGCCAAUGUCUUCCAGAGAAAGAAGUGAUCGCGAGGCCGACCGACCGACACACUUACAGUAACUGACGGACCCCCUGCUGUCGCUGGGAGCAUUUCACUUUACUGGACAAAAGACUUGAGGAGAAGAACCAGAAGGUCGAGUGUGUUGUUCAUUCGGUUUCAAGAAACGAAGGUUUGCGGAAGAAGUUGUGUUGUUUCAAAAUCUUCGGCACAGUAGGUCGACCUGCUAUUUAAAGGUUAACGGCAGUUGUUGGUUUUUUGUUUUUGUUUGCUGUGAAAGGCUGAAGUCCGUCCGCCCCCCCCCCCCCCCCCCCCCCCCCCCGCUCAUUUAUGCUCUCCUUGAAUCUUAAUCACGACUAAAGGAUUGUCAGAGACCACAGAUCUGCUUUUUUUUCCGAAUCAGUGUUGUUUACAUUGAACAUUUCAGAAAAAGAAGAGAGAGAGGGGGGAGAGAAAAAGAUGAUGACGAGGGACUCGUUUCUCGGACACGGAAGUAUCACCGAAUCAAAUUUUUACUUUCCCGUCCAGUUCCUCUCGUCGUCGGGAAACAAGACGGCAAAGGCCUGCUAGAUUUCACGUUGAAGGGUUGUUUCGAACGGCUGCAUCGCCUUUGCAUUUGUGAGUGAAAAUCAUACUGAAGGAUUGAACCACAAAAUGGCUCCCGAGUCUGCUGAGAACGCCUUGCACAGUCUUUCUGUACGGCUCUGAUGUAACGCCUACUUGAAGCUAUAAAAAAAAAAGUCUUGCCUUUAUUUCUUCAAAGUCCGUCUCUUUUGUUUUUUGUUUUCCUGUUUUGAUAGCUUCUAUUUUAUAACUUAUUUAUGUCUUAAUGAAGAAAAAAACAUACUUUAUUCCAACUUCCAAAGAAAUUUGCACUUCAAUUUACAAUUUUGUUCUUUAUUAUAUGUAUGUGUAUAUAUAUACAUAUACAUACAGAUAUAUGUAUAUUUGUUUUAAUUCAGAGGCUUAUACAUGAUGAACAAUAUCACUACUGAUCAUGUACUUUUUUUGUUUAUCUGUUAUGACAAUGAGAACUUGAAGAGAACACUGAUCAUAAUUAUUCCCUCUCUGUCUGUAGCAUUCAGUCUCUGUGUGUUGCAGUCUCUCUGAUAAUUGUACUUUUUUUUUUUUUUUUUUUCCUAAUGUGGGUAUUUGGUUCUGUUUUCUUUUUGUUGUUGUUGUUCUUCUUCUUCUUUUUGGAUAUGCUCUAAGAGAAAAAAUGGUAAAUAACUGUAUCAUACACUGAACUGGAGAGGAUGGUCCUCACUAUGUAUAUUUGAAAUUGGUGUCAUGAUGUAAUAAAAGAUGGAGGUCAGUUGUGUAUUUCA